UUUUUAGAUGGCAACUGCACAAGAACUGGAUAAAAUAAGAAAAGCAAAAAUGUCAAAUGCUUCGAACAAUAAUUUGCGUCAGCCUGUGACCGUGAUAAAGAAAAAAUCGGGGCCAUUAGAUAGUGUGAUCGAUGAACUGCAACAACUAGAAGAAGCCGAGACUCACACAUAUGUAAAACAACAUUCGACAGCGACGUCUGCGUCUACUGGACGGCGACGCUUUCAGUCAAAGGAUAAGGAUAAGAAACGCGAGCGUUGGUUAUUGACUCGAAAAACUUGGCGAUAUAUGACAGAUGCGGGCCGCAGGUUGUUCCCCGAAGGAAAGACAUUCCAUGGCUCAGAUAGUAUAACCCAAAUAGAAGAACAAUUUCAGCGUGUCUGUGCGUCGGAACCACGGUUUAUAUUGUGGCGUCGCAAGUCCUCGUAUCCAGGUGCUACAAAGAGCUGCUCCAAGCGACGUCUCAAGAUACUCUCUCAGCAUCGGGGCUAUAAUCAUACCGCACAAAUCCAUCAACGAACUCAAGAGCUGAAUGAGAAUAUAGACGUGACUAUAGAGUUAUUACAGUCCUAUCUCAAAAUUCGAGAUUCGUAUAAGACGACAGCGUUGCUGGGCACCAAAACUGUACGUCCAGAUCAAACAUCUUCACCCAGUUCCCAGCGACCGAACUAUGAGAGUAAACUCUUGAGUUUAACUGAUUGGCAUGUGAAUAGCCCUAGCUAUGAAUCAAUGCUAUUGAAAAAUUUGAAAUCAUUAAAAAAUUCAUCAUUGACUAGCAUAGGGAUCGAUGAUAAUAUAACGCUAGCAAUGCUUGAAGAUAAGGCUUUGUUAAAAAAGAUAUAUAAUAUAUUGAAGAAGCAGCAAUUACAUCGUAUUUUACAUUCCACUGAGCCACCAUCGAGUAAAGCUAUUUUAGCCAGAUCUACCUCAUACUCCAGCCUUCUAAAUAGCAACGUAGAUAACAGCUGCUAUGAUAGCGCCCCAAAGUAUAUGACCAACUUUCAAGAUUCCGUUGACAUGAUUCAAAGGCCCAAGCCGAUCGAAUCAUCAAAUGCAGUUAGACGCGCACAAAAGCCACCGGUAACACUCGCACUAAGUCGCAAUAGUACCAAGAAUUCGGAAACAAAGUUAGUCAAUAAGAUUCCAAUGAAUUCAUGUGGAACGCAAACGAAUUUCGUUCAAUUGUCUGAAUUAAAACUACUAGCAGAGCAAUAUGAGCAAGGUUUGAAUGAUAGCAAUUAUAAUAAAAAUAAUAAUUCAGAGAGCGACGAAGCCGAAAAACCGCCAUUGGGCAACCACAUUUCAACCCACAGACGUAGCUCGAUCGAUAACGAAGACGUCUCCCAGUCAGUUAGCGAUACGAUAAAACGAUAUUUACGCAUGGCCCGAAAGAAAAGUCUGCAUGAUGGCGAUGCGAACCGUUUCAAGUCUGUUAACUACGAUCGAAAUCUGCGUAAUAUUAAGGCAAAAGGCGAAGUCAACCCACCUGGCAUGGAUGAAGGCAACAAUAAGGCAGCACAAACGUUGGAUGCGUGGGCGCAAGUUGCUUUGGACUAUAUACGCGGAAAUGAGAAUUCAAUCAAUUUACAAAAUGCUCAUAAAGCCUGGCAGAAAGAUUUAGAUGAGCGUAUUCGAAAGAAAAACGAGUGGGAUAAACAAUUUAAAGAGCGCAACACUGACGCACAGUUUAGUAGCUUCAAUAGAAAGACAAUUGGUCAGUCUCCUUGCCUGUCGGCGCCCAACUCACCAACAAGCCCCAUUCAACAUCAUCUGCCAAAGGAGAAGAGCUUACGAACUGCUAGCGCCAUAUUAUCCUCUAGCUCACACUUUCUAUCAAAUUUCUGGCAUGCUAACAGUAAUGAUCCCUCAAGUACACAAAGUUUAAAGUAUGGGAACAUAAGUGAAUCACAUUUGAAUUCAGAUAAAAAUGAAACAACAAAUAUGCAGAAAUCAAAAUCUUUAUCUAAUGUUGGACAUUUUGUAUCCAAAAAAUUUUGGGGAAGUCGCUUCAAGUGUCAAAAUAGGCAAAGUCAUAGUCACGACUUUGUAGCACAGCAACAAAAAUGGACUCCUCUGGAGAAAUACUCAUGGAUAUCUGAAGAAGGUCAUAUUCUCCAGCUAACAGAUACAUCAUUGGAAAAACUUUCUAAUAUUGAAGCUGAAGUGCUAAUGCACAUAGCACUACAGAAAAUCAAGGAGCUAAAUAUUGGCAUGAGCAUAGAUUUGGAUAGGAGCAAGCAGAAAACUCGCGUCAUAUCAAAAAAAAGAGCACUCACAACAAGUUUUUUUGAUAUUGGCCGAAAGGAUGAACACAGUAAGCACGAUUUUCUACGAGAGGAAUUCGAUAAAAACUGCAAUAUGCGCAUUCCUGAUAAUACAUGUCCACAUGAUGUAGCGACAUUGCUAAAAGAGUUUCUACGGGAUUUACCUGAGCCUCUACUGUGUAAAAGAUUGUAUACAACAUUUUUGGAAACGCAACGGAUAAGAAACCGACGCCUUCAACUAGAAGCGAUAUCCCAUUUAAUCAAAUUAUUACCCAUCGCACAUCGUGAUACAUUAUAUGUGUUACUAAAGUUUCUGGGCAAUGUAGCUGCCCAUUGUGAUAAUAUAUGCAAUCCAGAUGGCACAGUUCAUAUUAUUGGCAACAAAAUGGAUAGCAACAAUCUAUCCACCGUUUUUGCCCCCAACAUUUUGCGGGAUUAUCCUCCAAAGUCGGGCGAAUGCAAAGAGCAGGGUAACAUGGCCGAUGCCAUCAAUGUAAUCAGAAUAAUGAUUGACCACUAUGAAGAAAUCUUUAGAAUCCCUGUAGAUCUUGUAGAUCUACUUUACACUCAUAUGUUAGACACAUGUCCACAACAAUUAAACAUUCUUAUCACGUCCAAAAUAAUUCAAUCUCCAACUACGCAGGUAAAGAGAUCAAAAUCUAUCGAGAAUCAGACGAGCCUCUCAGAUGGUACGUACAGUCCAGUACUUUUACCUGAUGGAAGGCGACAAUCGACACCGAUCCUACUAGAAAACCAAAAUGUUUUUUCAGCCAGCUUACAAAUAUCAAAACCAGACGAAUCGGCAUCAGAACCAACGACUAACAUAAAUCAAAUACAAG